AUGACAAAUCCACCAUGUGUGCCGGAAGAUUCAUCUGAAGAUGGUCGAUCUGCAGCACGAGCAUCUCCUCCUCCCCUUCCCUCGACCAGGCCACUCCAAUCGUCCGCGGAGGGCUCCUCUGAGCCGAAUCCGCACCGCGGCCAAACGAAUGAUGCCGGUAACACUGAUGAACAAAAUAUUGGUGAAGAUGGGCAAAGCAUUGGUGAUGGCUCUGUGCUCGUUCCUCCAUACAUUUAUAGUGAUGAUAGUGAUGACGAUGAGGAUCCUUUCCUUACCGAUAGCUAUGGAAAUUUAACAACUUGGAGAUUGAGUGACAUGGAGGCAGCAUUCGAGAAACAUCUUGAAGAAGAAGCAAGUAAACCAAAGGUGGAAGAAAAAAAAUUAUCCAAAGAAGCAGAAAUAUUAAAGCGUGACGAUGAUCGUAAGAAGAAGUUCAUGGAGUAUGCUUUGCAGAAGUAUAAUGAUGAAGACGAUCUUUCCGGGGAGAUGCGCUUUGUGUUUGGUGAAAUCAAAGGAGAAGUUUACGUCAUUGAAGAUGGCCUGAAAUUCUAUGAACAUUUCAACUUCACAGCUAAGCAGGCUGGUUCCACGGUUUUAUUUUUCGCUGAAGUGGUCCCAAGCGGAGACACUUGUGAUGUUCUCUGCUGCAAGCCUUUGGAUUCUGAUGACAAUGGACACUGCCUUAGCUGUGAGGAUCAGAAUUAUGUGACCUUGAGGCAUCCAGCUGAUGAGGCUCUGUAUGUUGGAGGUCAUGAGGAUUGCCAGUUCCCGUUUAUUUUGGAGAGUAGCAGUGAGGAUGACUCCGAUUGA